AACAAAUUAAAGGUGAUUGGGUGUAAUAUGGCCGAUAAGAAAAACAAGAUGGACACUAAUUUCUAACGAAAAAGAAAGAUAUUUACGAAAGAUAUUUAAAGUGAUAUUAAGGAAAAACUAAUAAUGGCGACUGGGCAAGUAUCGAGUGUUAUCACGGAGGCUAUUCCAGCCGAACCUACCUUAAAACUCCACAUGCCACAGCCACCAACCAGUAAGAUGUGUGGCCCAUCAAACAAAAUUCGAAACAGACUACGUCUUGACCCGUCAAGAGCGUUAGAACCUACAAGAAAAAAGAUUUCUACGAUUGAAGCACAACGGGUGAUGUCAGUUUUUGAGGAUACAAUAAGCAAAGCCGAGAUUGUUACCAUCCUUCCGUUCAUUUUGGAGAACAGAGAAAGAUUCCGUGUGAGUCUAGGGGCUGAGCUAUCUCUUUUACUGGACAUUCAUAAAAAUACUGUAGAUAGCUACGAGGAGAUUAAACAGCAGCUUGAUAUUCAGUUGCGCCAAAGACGUAUUAGAACUGCAAGUACUGAAAAGAGUGAAGGGCUUGAUGAGGAGAGAACUGGGGAGUUUGGGGCCGCUGGGGAAACACCUACAGGGAGCCCUAUGCCUGAAGGAGACAUCAGGGAUGGAUCAAGGAGAAGCAGCGUCGCCAGUGGGCGUUCGGCCCGGUCCAUUCAGUCCGUGGAGAGCUACGACAGCCAAACAGAGAGGACGAUGAGAAGUCUCAGUCUUGUUGCUCAGCAACUUAGCAGCUCCUGCAAAAACAUCCUCCGUGCUUUCCUGUCCAAUCCAAAUGCUCUGAACAUGAUCAAAGCCCAGGCACGACGCUCUGACCAGUGCGACAUGUUUCUCAAGGAUAUGAGUGACCUCCGAGAUAUCCUGCUGAACAAACUACUGACAACUCCAGAGGAGGAGAAAGAGAGAAUGCAGUACAUCCAGGAGGUGUCCAAAAGGGAGCGACAGAAUGCCGUAGUCAUCGAUGACUUGGAGCAAAAACUGAAGGCGGCCAUGGAUGAAAAAGAUGAAGAAAUAAAGAAAAAGAACUCUGUUAUCAGGAAGUUGCAGGCAGACCUGCGGCAAAUUGAAAAGUUUUCUGAUGAGAACAACAAGAGGGUAACCAACGAAGCGGAAAAACAAGAACAAGCCGACCUAAAGAACAGCGAAGGCAAAAAACAGCGUCUUAUGACGGAGCUAAAUCAGCUGAAAACACAGCUUCAGAACGCUGUAAUGGAGCACAGAGAAAACGAGCAGGAACUGAGAAGAAAAAAGUUCCGAGUUGAGUCCCAGGUGGAGAACUGGAUUCAGAAAUAUGACACGGACAUGAACGAAAGACAGAAUGAGUAUGAGGAGAUAGAUCUGGUUUACACUGAGGAGAAGAAACAGCUACACGAGCUGGAGGAGCGCUUCAAAACGCUGGAGGCGGAGUACCAACAGAUCAUGGAGGAGCGGCGUGUGGCACGGGAAAAACGCGAGGCCGCAGAGCGAGAAAUGGCGCUGAUGGUCAAGGCCGCCACCACAAUCCAGGCCUUCUGGCGGUCCUUCAAAGUCCGCAAGGCCCUCAAAGCCCGCAAGAAGAAGGGAGGCGGCAAAAAGAAAAACUCAGCUUAAGGACCACACAGUGUCAGCGGUUAUGCCUUACAAUAAAAUCAAUCUUAUAUUUGUACUUAAUCCAAAGUAUUGCUGGACAAUUUUUUAAAUGAGUGGUGGUGUGAUAUAUUAUUAUGUAACAUAUAUUAUUUUAUUAAUGCACACUUCUUAAGUCCGUCCAUUCCUUAUUUCUUAAAGAUGUAUAAAAUUGUUACUUCAAAGUUGACUACAAAAUAAAUUUGGAACCA